AGAGCCUUCGUGACGUCAUGUUGGAGCAGAAGAGAUAAGACAGUCAGAAGAAGGGUAUCCUGACUAUUUUCUGGUGUAUAUCGGAGUUUCAAUUACUCAAGUGUCCGAUCGGUUUCGUCUUACGAUAAUGUCGUACGCGUAUCUGUUCAAGUAUAUCAUUAUCGGAGACACAGGAGUUGGCAAAUCCUGUCUCCUUCUUCAAUUUACGGAUAAGAGAUUUCAACCGGUUCAUGACUUGACAAUAGGAGUCGAGUUUGGUGCUCGUAUGAUUACCAUUGAUAGCAAGCAAAUUAAAUUGCAGAUUUGGGACACUGCAGGUCAAGAGGCAUUUCGUUCUAUAACAAGGUCGUAUUAUCGUGGAGCAGCUGGAGCUCUGUUGGUAUAUGACAUUACACGUAGAGAAACUUUUAAUCAUCUUACAACAUGGCUAGAAGAUGCAAGGCAACAUUCAAAUUCCAAUAUGGUUAUCAUGUUAAUUGGCAACAAAAGUGAUUUGGAUAGUCGAAGAGAAGUAAGGAGAGAGGAAGGUGAAGCUUUUGCACGAGAGCAUGGUCUUGUCUUUAUGGAGACUAGUGCUAAGACUGCAGCUAAUGUAGAAGAAGCAUUCAUCAAUACUGCAAAAGAAAUAUAUGAAAAGAUACAGGAAGGAGUUUUUGACAUCAAUAAUGAGGCAAAUGGUAUUAAGAUUGGACCACAACAUUCGCCAACAAGUCCUGGAGGUUUAGCAGGAACUGGUGGACAAGGUAGUGCACAGGGUGGUGGGUGCUGCUAGGGGCUGGGGCUUAUUUGUCCACCGCUUCAUCCUUCUCCGAUCUGAAUUGACCUUAUUCCUGCUCUUUAUUUUAAUCUGAACACACUUUGUACAAUUUAAUUCUGCGCAUGCCGUGUCAUGAGGUAAUUGAUGUAUUUAUUAGUUGAAAUAAUCUUAUACACAUAAUAAAUAGAUAGGAUUAUUGUAAGACGAAAAUGUUAUAAUCACUAAAAUCAUGAAGCAUUAAUAAAGUCUUUAUUUAAAUUUUCCUAAAGAUA